AUGCCUACCGGAACACCCAACCACUCGUUCAUCGCUCCAUACAAUAUUCGCGUGGACGACUUCGCAUCGUCCCCUGACAUCAUGACCACCCCGGCUCUCUACCUCCUCACUCAUACCCACGCAGACCACGUCAACGGCCUAUCUGCGCGCUCGUUCUCUUCAACGAUCAUAUGUUCUCGCGACGCGAAAGAAAUGCUAUUGCGCCACGAAGUGUAUGCCGAGAGGACGCUCAAGGACAUGGAGCUGCGCGUGGAGAAUGUGCGCACGUUCAGCCACCUCAAAGUCAACCCGCGCAAGAUGAAUGACGGCUCUUGGGAUUACACCUUUAGUAGAGACUUACUGAAAGCUCUUCCGCUUCACACACCAACGCUGGUACCACUGAACGGCAAGGAGGAAGUGACGAUCACUCUUUUCGACGCCAACCACUGCCCUGGGGCCGUCAUGUAUCUCGUCGAAGGCGCGAAAGGGGCAGUUUUACACACCGGAGACUUCAGAGCUGAACCAUGGUUUCUGGAAUCGCUUUCAAAGAAUCCGUAUAUUCAGCAGUACAUCGCCGCCCCUCCUUCGAGCUUACCUCUGCGGCCAUACGAGAACGGAAAAUUAAAUGAGUAUGGCCACCUUGGCGUUCUCAAGACCCUGGAAGCGAUAUACCUUGAUACGGCAUGCCUCCUCGGGACACUGAAUAUACCGACGAAGGACGAAGCUACGUCGGGCUUGGUCUCAUUGAUGUCCAUCUUUCCCCCUACUACGUUGUUCUUCAUCAACGCUUGGACCUGGGGCUAUGAAGACAUCUUUAAAGCUGUGGCACGCACGUUCAGGAGCAAGAUUCACGUAGAUCGCUACAAGUUCUCGAUCUACAGACAUACCACUGGCGACCCAUUCCUCCGGUCGAUCCUUACCCAAGACGGUGCCUCUACGCGGUUCCAUGCUUGCGAGCGGUUUAACCGCUGCGAAUGCGUUGCGGUAGACGGACAAGGGUCGCGUGCGCCCACAGCUGCCGCUGCCUCAUCACGCACGACUUCCAACAAGACAGGCCAGCACGUCGUCUAUGUCAAUCCAGUCACACUAGGGGCCGCAAGCUGGGAGCUCUACCUCCAAGACACGCGUGCAAAGCUCCUCCGCGGCGAGGUCGUGAAUCACCUGCUCGUGCCCUUAUCGCGCCAUUCCCCCCUUCCAGAGCUCCGCGCCUUCGUGUCGAUGUUCAGGCCGAAGAGGGUUGUGCCCAACACCCUUGACCCCGCACUACACGGCCUCGACCAUGCGUGUAUGCGCAAGAUGUUUGCGGGGUGUCUCGCUAGCGACUCCCCGGUCGACAGCGCUGUAGACGUGGACACGCGGGACCUGGCAUCCGCGCUGGUCACUGCCGAAGAGAGCAUGGAGGACGUGGCUCUGAAGAAUCUGGAGGGAGAGGGCGCGCUGGAGGUCGCGGAGAGAUGGGCGGAGACAGGGAGGAGCAGGCAUAAGCUGGAGGUCAUGCGAGGAUAUCUUGAGGGGGACACUCGACGCGUCGUGGACCACAUCUUGGACGAGGGGAAGACCGACAGCUCUCCUCGCCAAGAGCAGAAUGCCACCACCAGCUGUGCGCUCACAGGAACUACGAAUGCGAAGAAAGCGCCAGUCCCUUCAUUUCAAGGACGGGCGUCGCUUAGCGAAACGGCAAGAGCCAUGGCACGCAUUAAGUCCAAGUUUGCUCAGCCCGAGUCAGACGAGGAGACUGAAGACGAAGAUGCAGCGGAUGAGCGUGCGCGCACCGCGCACUUCCUUUUCGCCGAACUCGCGGGGAUCCCUCCAGAUCAGCCCCUCGGCGCCUGUGACAAGACUCCGUCGCCGAUAGUCGACGACACCCCGAAGCGUAGGCCACAGACCGAGAAGACGAAGGCCGCGCAGUCUCAGAUCGCCAAGAUGCCCACGCAGAUGCUGAUGACUCCCCCUUCGAAGAACAGCUCGUUGAAGAUCAUGCCUCCAUCACCCGAAUCUCACACGAAAAGAAAAGUUUCCCAAGUAUCCCUACGCCGACCGACCUUUGAACUUGGUUCCCCGAUACACCUGGACUCACAGAGAUCCAGCGAUAACCUCAAACGGAAGACAAUCCAGAUCAUCGCUCCAGAUGCGCAAUUCAAUGACCCUACGGCCUCUACGCUGUUCCAUGUUGAAUCAGGCACGGCCGCUGGGCAAGCGACCUUCUUCCGCAGCAGCACGUCCACAAACAUGAAACACGCCGCUAGCUUUGAGCUGUUCGCGGGCGUUCAAGAAAGCCCGAAUGUUCCCCUCGUCGAUCUACGCAACCUAUCAAAGGGAUCUGCGGAAAGUUUGAGCUCUGCACAAGAUGACAGAUCGACUGACUGUGUUAAACGUCGAAGAGUAAGCGAAGCUUCUGAGAACGUGCCUGUCCCGGCCAAGAAUGAAUCUGACCCAACUGCGCAUGCAAAAUCUUCCUCAUUGCACCAGAGCGGAGACCUUGCGAGGUCGCCAGUAAGUGUGCCGAAUCCCUCUCACAACGUCCCUGAAGGAUGCCACGACUGCUCGUCUGCAAGUUGUUGCCGAGUCCCUGCAGCAAGCUCUCCACCGGCGUCGACUUCCUCCCAGGUUCCAAUGUCCGCUGAGCAGAGAGCCAAGAAAGAGCGACGCGCCGCCAGAGCACUGAGGAAGAAGAGGGCUCGGAUUCUGGCCCUCAUGCGUCCGGACCUAGUCGGUCCUGCUCAUGCCGCCAAGAUGGCAGCGAAGAUGGAGCGCCGCCGAUUGCGACUAUUGUUGAAGCAUCAGCACAAGCAGACACCCGCGUGCAAGGAGUCCCAGACUGUCGUGCCGGCUACUCCCGACAGCGAAAUGUCAGCGGGAAUAACUCAGACACCCAGGUUUACCAUCCCCAGUCGUCUUCCUUCUCAGGAUGACGAGUUCCACCCCGACGGACAGAUGGACGUUGAACGCAGUCGGAAGCUUGCAGAAUCGUUCAAGCAAGCGAUGGCCAAGGGAAUACGACCUGGGCUCGUGAUACCAAUGCUACCGUGUCUCAAAAGCCAGGAGGGGGAAGCAGUAGCGGGAAGCAUUUGA